CCAGAUAGCAAGAGGCUGGCGGAUACUGUCGGUCCAUUGGGGUCAGCUGGCGGAUACUGCCGGUCCAUUAGGGUCAGCUGGCGGUCAAUCUGGGAUGUGUUCUAUGCGUUCUGUGUUGUACGAUCCGGAAAUGAUCGACAGGGGGAGCUAGAUAGCCGGUGAGAUCGAUUGACUCGCUUGGAUUGAGACCUACCUGUGCUGUGCUGCACCCACCGCGUAGGCUAUGCCAUAGAUGUGUAUGCUAUAGGCUUUGUGUCUUGCAUAUUUCCCCACUCAUUUCGUUUUACAGUAUAGCCUCGGUGUGUGUGUGUGUGUGUUUGUGUGUAAGAGCGAGAGAGAGGUCUGUCACUGCGUUGUUAGUAGGCUAGGCUAGGCCUAAUAAUGGAUGGCAAAGUUUCGCGGGAUGUUGCGAGCAACUGGUCGGGCCCUCAUGCCGACAGUCUCAUAUAUGGUCACGUAAGCAUGGCAACGCCUGACGUGCGCUGGCUAAAAACAGCUCGAUCACCCUCCGAGCUGACAGAUGAGUGUCUGACAAGAGACAGAGAGAGAAAGAGAGAGAGAGAGAGAGAAGGCCCAUUCGUGACUCGGCACAAAUAGCCACAGUAGCCUACUGUCCUUUACCGACUUCUGUGUGUGUAACGCAAGUUAAAGUUUGCACCGAGUCGUGGAUAUUUAGCUUACAAAAGUUUACUCCGUUAUUGGGUCUGACUUGACGCGGGUCGUUGGGUAGGCUACCGUGAUCCGUUAGGUUAGUGACCUAGUUGUGAGCGCGUCGCGUCGGGCGCGUGCAAUGAGUGUGUCGCUGGAGUACAACCCCGCGAGGAAGCCGGACGCCAUGGACAACCUGGAGAAGCAGCUCAUCUGUCCGAUCUGUCUCGAGAUCUUCAGCAAGCCCGUGGUGAUCCUGCCCUGCCAACACAACCUCUGCCGCAAAUGCGCCAAUGACAUCUUCCAGGCCUCCAACCCAUACCUGGCGUCGCGGGGGUCCACUGUGAGCUCGGGCGGCCGCUUCCGAUGCCCAUCCUGUCGCCACGAGGUCAUCCUGGAUCAUGCAGGUCCUACAGGACUCAAGCGGAACCUUCUGGUGGUUAUCAUCGACAUGUUCAAACAGGAGAGCAGCAGCAGCACUAAGCCAGAGCCAGAGGUACAGAAGGAGGGGCCUAUGUGUGACGAGCACGAGGAGGAGCGAAUCAACAUCUACUGUGUGAGCUGUGCCAUGCCCACCUGCUCGCUGUGCAAAGUGUUUGGGGCCCAUAAGGACUGCCAGGUGGCCCCACUCAACAACAUCUUCCAUGCUCAGAAGACAGAGCUCACAGACUGCAUCUCUAUGUUGGUGGGAAAUAAUGACCGGAUUCAAGGCGUCAUAAGUCAGUUGGAGGAGAGCUGUCGAACCGUGGAGGAGGGAGGGCCGACGUCAGAAAGCGGCGUGUGUGUGAAAGCGUUUGACCACCUAUGCGCCCUGCUGGAAGAGGGAGCAGUGGCCGGCCUAUCGGAUGAGGCGCUGAGGGCUGAAAGAAAGUGACCUAUAUCAGGACUGCUCCGCCGCCCGCGGAACCAUCUGGACACUAUGGCCAAGGUCGUGGAGGAGGGGCAUCAGGACCAUGGAGGAGCCAGAGAGAUAGCCCUGUUCCUGCAGAAUGCGAAGCCUCUUCUGAAACAACUGACGGAGGGCACUGACAUCAGUCACCUGGAGAAACUGGAGAGAGGCUACGAGAACAUGGAUCACUUCACCGCCACCUUCCACCUAGUCCGCAAAGCUCUGGUCAACAUUGAUUUUGUCAGAGAUGAUGAUGAUGAUGAUGGUGUUAGGGAGGAAGGUGAUGGUGGUGAGGGGGCAGGUGAAGAAAGCCCCACCCCGUCUACAAUAAGCCACGCCCACCCCACCCCAAACCCAACCAAUCACAGCCCUCCUGUGUCAAACCCAACCAAUCACAGCCCUCCUGUGUCAAACCCCACCCCUCCCGCAUCAGGCUCCACCCCUCUCACGUCAGGCUCCACCCCCACUUCCACCCCCAAGGCUGCUGAGCAGAGCGUCAGCAUCCAGAGCUCCCCGAAGCCCCUCCCUACUCCAGCCACGCCCAUAGAGACACAGCUGUCUGCUGCAGGCCUGCGUGACGGUGUUGCCGUGGACGAUGGAGAGAACCCGUCACGUCAUGUCUUCUCCUUCUCCUGGCUCAACUCCCAGAAGUGAUCCCGCCCACCCCGGGUGUAACCCCGCCCACCCGGAUAUAACC